AUGGUGGAUUCAACUCCUGCAAAGACAGAGUACCAAUUUGAAUCUCUUGAUUCUUUAUUGAAAAACUCUAAAAAAGUCAUCACUUUGGAUGGUGGCUUGGGUACCGAACUUGAAUCCCGAGGACUUGAGAUGGACUCUGCUUUAUGGUCUUCUGUGGUGCUUGUGAAGCAGCCGCAAGAUGUUGCAUGCCUUCAUCGUGAUUAUUAUGAAAGUGGGGCUAAUUUGGGGAUUUCUUGCUCGUACCAGGCGUCUAGUAAACUGCUAUCUAUUUACGGUAAUUCGAUCAAGUCCACCUACGAUGGUGAAAACAUUUAUGACACCGAGGCCAAACGGUCCAAAUUCUAUGACAAAUGCAUGGACGCCCUUGUCAAAGGCCGAGAUGAAGCCGUUGAAGGGAAGAAAGUCAACUCAUUGAUCAAACCUUUGAUCUCUGGGUCGAUCGGUCCUUAUGGUGCUGCGCUUUCCGACGGGCUGGAGUUCACUGGGACUUAUUGUGAGUCAGAAAGUUUCUACAAAGAGUUCCACAGUGAACGUUUGAGAUACUUUACUCGUCAUCCAGAAGUUGAUUUGCUCAUUAUUGAAACCAUUCCAGUGUUUGGGGAAAUCAAGGCGGUGGUGAGCUUGUUAGAGGAAGAUUUGGUGAAGGAAGGGAUCGCCAAGCCUUAUUUAUUGAGUAUGAGCAUUAGAGACAGCAAAACUUUAGCCGAUGGCACCCCAAUUGCCGAAGUGGUCAAGUACCUUAGUGAAGAAACUUCGGCGUUCAAGUCGGGAUUGUUGUUGGCCAUUGGUGGGAACUGUCUCAAGUUGAGAUACUCGGUGGAUUUCUUGAAGAAUCUCCAAUCGGUGGCUCCAAAGGGGUUCCCAUUGUCGAUCUACCCAAACUCUGGCGAAAUCUAUGAUGGCAUUUCCAAAGGCUGGUCGAUCGACCCUGAAUUGGGUGACGACGUGGCCUACGAAUGGGAAAACAUCGUGAAGGAAUGGAUCAAGUACGGGGCCAGAUUUGUUGGAGGAUGCUGCCGUGUUGGGGUGGCCGACAUUGCCAGAAUCCACAAAACUAUUGUGGAAUACAAUGAAACAACACAGUAA